AAGGACAGGCCCUCGUUAAUUUUCUGCUUAAAUUUUCUUUUAUGGUACUUCGAAUCUCAGCUCACACACUGCCCCUCCUCACUCUUUUCCCUCUGAGAAAACCCUCAAAAAAUCUCAGCUUUCUCAAUCUUCCAAGGACCGCCAGGAAUUUUGUAAGGUUGGAGCUUGUUUGGGCGAUUAGUUUGGAUUGAUCCAGAUUUAUUAGUUAUGGAAGAUGAGCAAGGUGAUUUGGGUGGGGUUUCAGCUUCGUCUUUGGGUCAUAAUUCACCCAGUGGAAGAAAUCAGGUUGAGGGGUCUUAUGAAGAGGGGGAAGAUGGUGGGGAGAUAAUGGUGGAAGUUGUGGGUUCAGAUGUGUUGGUUGAUGGCGUUAGUGGGAACAAAGAGAGUGAAUUAGGGUUAGGGUUAGGAGGAAUUAGGGAUUUGGAGAGUGGUAAUGUUUGGGAGAACAGAGAUGAACCUGAUGGGACUCAAAAUUUUUUGGAAUCUAUGGAUGUGUCUACCAAAGAGGAUGAGUAUAAGAUGGUGGAGAGUACUGAGUUGAAGCUCUCGGUGUUGGGAGACGAGAGAAGUGUCGAAGCUGUAAAAGAAGUAGAUGCUAAUUUAUCUGAAUUUGCUUGUUCUGAAGCUGUUUUGGGUUGUGGGUUGCCGGCAGGAGGGGUAGAUAUUUCUGGUGAUGUGGUUGGGAGUCAGUUGCCGGCUGUGGAUACUGAUGUAGGUAUGGAGACGGUUCCUGCCGUGGUUAGUGAAGAUGGGGGGGAAUUAGAUGAAGGGGUUAAAGAUCGUGGUGAUGUUGUGAAGCUUGUAGUGUCGAAUUGUCCUGUGGAAGCCAUUGAUGAUGAGGAAAUUGGUGUUGUAGAGAAAAGAGAGGUAUUGAGCUCCACAGAUCGUGAUUUUUUGGGUGUGGAUUUGGUGGGUUGUUCGGCAGCAGAUGGAGGUGAGGUUAUGGCUUCUAAGGUUUCUCUCGACUGUAGCCGAGAGGAAACUAAAGAUGUUCAGGUUGAGGGUAUCAAUAUUGUGGUUGGAGGUGUUGGUUCGGAUAAUAAUAAUGUCGGGGAAGAACUUGUCGCUGAAGAUAGUAAAUUUGUGACAGCUGAUGAAUUGGUAACAGAUGACGGUGCUUGUGGAGACGCGGCGAAGCUUAGUGAUCAGCAAGAAAAUUCUGCUGCAGAAAUUAAAUCAAUUGUUGAUUCAGAUGCCGUAGUUGCUGAUGUUGUGGAUGAGAGCCAAGGUUACGUACACAAAUUUCAUCGUAAGAAACUUGAGUCUGCUAAUGAGAUCAAUGAUGUUUCACAUACUAAUUCUGAAUCUGUGGUGGAGAAAUCUGUCGUUUUUGAGAAAGUGGAAGCUGUUGUUGCAGAAUCUGGCGCAGAUAAUGUGGCGUCAGAUGUUAGUGUAAGAGAUUCUAGUAGUAUGGGCGACGAGAAAUGCAUCAUGACUGAAGAAGAUUUAAAGUCUGAUAUAAUCCAUCAAAGCCACGAUCACGAGCACGAACCAACACAACUCACCGAUGGAUUUGAUACUGCCGAAGCAAACAAGGACGACAGCCCAAGUGUUGUAAAUGGAGUCGAGACAGUGGAAAAUCAACCGCAUAUGAUAAGUUCAAGUUGUUCAGGAGAUGAUAAAAUUGCAAAAAACCAUACGGUCGAUGCUGCAUCAGAAGGCGAGGCAAUGGACUGCCAAAACGAAGCAACCGUCCACGUUGAUUCUAAAAUGUCGAAACAGUCUUUAGAUAGCCAUGUAGGUGAUGAAAUUCCGACGCUCGACCCAUCUACAGAAAAUGUGGAACUUUCUUCAUGCGUGAAUGUUGAGAUGGGUGAUAGAACAGCGACUGAGAGUUAUCCUACUGUAAAUUCUCAAGCUGACUCUGCGGAUAUUGCAGAAUUUGGUUCGUGUCAAAGUAUGGAGCUACAGAUUUCUACAGAAGUAGUUGAAACACCAACUGACGAGGCGCAAAAGCACGAGAAUAUAAAUUUAGCGACAAAUGAAACCAGUCAAAUGAGCAUGCUACCGGACAUAGCCGAAAAGGCGGAGUUGCCUAUGUCUGAAAGCGUCGACAAUCCCACAUGUGAAUUAGUGACUUCUAUCGAAAAAGGUAGUGAUUCAAUGGAAAUAGAUGAUAGCUGUGUCAGGCCGGAUGGAUUAUGUUUUGUGGAGGAUCAAAAUCCCGAUGCCCAACUCAUGGAUUUUGAGCCGGACAGAGCAUAUCAUGGUGGAAUGACGGAAUUAGAAUCGGAAGGGGCUGUUCCUGAAAAUGAAGACAUGAUUUUUUUCAAUGAAGAUGAAUUGGUGAAGCCCGAUAACUUUUCGAAAAUGAACAUAUCUUCGUAUCUGUUGCCAGAAGACGAGGGUUAUUUUUCACCGUUGGAUUUAGUUUGGGGUAAAGUUCGUAGCCAUCCAUGGUGGCCCGGGCAAAUAUUUGAUCCAGCGGAUGCUUCAGAGAAGGCUGUAAAGCAUUACAAGAAAGAUGCUUAUUUGAUAGCAUAUUUUGGAGAUCAAACGUUUGCGUGGAACGACGCGUCUGAAUUAAAGCCUUUCAGGUCGCAUUUUUCUGAGAUCGAGAAGGAAAAUAAUUCCGAAGAAUUUCAAAAUGCUGUGAGCUGUGCUUUGGGAGAGGUUUCAAGACGGGUAGAGCUGAGUUUAUCAUGUUCGUGUAUGGCGAAGGAUGCCUAUGGGGAAAUCGGAAGCCAAGUUGUUGAAAAUGCCGGGAUACGGGAAGAAUCAAGCCGAAAAUAUGGAUUGGAUAGGUGCAGCCAAGCGACUUAUUUUUCGCCUCAUAGCCUGCUCGAUUAUAUUCAAGAAUUGGCACGCCAUGCACCUUCCGGGGCCGAUCGAUUGGAUCUGGCGAUUGCUCAAGCUCAGCUAUCUGCAUUUUGUCGAAUGAAAGGGUACCGUCUCCCGACUGGAUUUCCUACUACCGGAGAACUGCUGGAAAAUGUUGAGGAUAGCGAGCAAAUCGACGCAAUGGAUGAUUCCCUAAAAUGCAAAAAUAUUCUAGAAAACGAUUCUGAGUCGAGGAAGGAGAAAAGCAUGGCAGAAUUAAUGGGGGAAGGGGAAUUCUUCCCGGACGCUGAAGACGAUCCUUUAUCUUCCGGGAGAAAACAGAAAGCACUCGAUUCUCUAGACGAUGGGUCAGAUAAGAGGAUGAGUUCCUCUGCUGCAAAAUAUCCGGCAGCAAAUCAACCUCUAAAGCCUUCGUUUAAAAUUGGCGAAUGCAUUCGAAGAGUGGCCAACCAGUUAAAAGGAAACAACGAUGAAACAGCUCCCGACGGUUCUCCGAUGGUAUACGAGCAUUCUGAAAGACGAAGUAUUCUUUUUUCUGCAGAGUCAUAUUCUUCGGAUGAGAUCCUUUUGCAGCUUCAGCUGUUGGCGUUGGAUCCGAAGAAAGGAGAAAACAUUCUAAAUACCGUUCAUAAUUUCUUCAUGGGGUUCAGAAGUUCGAUUGCUUUAAACAGACGAGGUAGGAAGAAGAAGGCAGAUUCGACAGUCGGUGGAUCCGGCGAAGAAUUCGAAUUCGAUGAUGUGAAUGACUCGUACUGGACAGAUCGGAUCGUCCACAACUAUCCUGAGGAGCAGGUUGUUAACAACAGCUCCGAGAAUCGAGAAGGAACACAUCAAGUAUUAUCAUUCGGAGAAGAAAGAAUGGUUAAACCAGGGCGUAAAUCUCGGAAGAGAUAUUCUACCAUGAGCUUCCCGACAGGAGAGUCUGAAAUCGAAGAGAGUGCUAAACGGAAGAAGCAGGAGUCGUCGCCUGCCGAGCUUAUAUUAAACUUUGCAGAGAGGAACUGUUUGCCGACUGAAAUCAAACUUAAUAAAAUGUUUAGGCGAUUCGGGCCACUGAUGGAAUCCGAGACCGAAGUUGAUCAUGACUCUGGCCGUGCCAGAGUGAUCUUUAAGCGCGGGUCUGAUGCUGAAGUUGCUCGCAACAGUUCUGAGAAGUUCAACAUAUUCGGACCAGUUCUUGUUAAUUACCAGAUCGGCUACUCACCUCUGAUUUCGGUAAAGAUUUCACCUGUUACAUUACCCCAGAUGGAGGAAGAUGUGACGCUAUUGAUAUAGCUCCAAAGUACUGGUGUUCUUCUAAACUAUCGUGGCUCCAUGGUGAAGUCGGAAGAUAUUACAAAAUGGAAUUGAUGAAGCAGUUUCAAAAUGGCAUUCCGAGUCGCCUGCUUGAAUGAGUUAAGCCAAACAUGUUUUUCAUUUUCCUGGUGGUCAACUUGUUAAUUUACCUGUGGUAAUUAAAGCGCGAUGCUACGAACCUUGUUGUAGUCUGUGGAAGAAACUCUAGAAGGGAAUGUGUAUGAUGUUCCAUCAUUCGCCUCUUUAUGUUUUCGCCAGUGAUGUUUCUUGUUGUGUUUCUAAUUCUUGCACAUACCGUAAAAAUUCUUCGGGUUUUAGUCUCUCGGCCUUAGGCUGUUUGUUGUAUUGAUGAUCAUCGGCGUGAAUUUGAGUUAGUUUGUCAUAGCUGAUGCUGAUUAUGGCGAGGGAAAAAUAGACGGUGUUUGAGGUUUAAGUUCAAGAAUUGAAGGAGUUUUAUUAGUUCAUUUUGUUCUUUUCGUA